AUGAACCGCAUUUUCACCCUUGGCAUAUGUGCCAUGGCCAACAAGGUCGAAAGUGCACCUAUGCGAUCGAUUCUCCAUCACCUGCGCGCGACCGGCGAUUUCGAGAUCAUCAUCUUCCCCGAGGAGACAAUUCUACAUCUUCCAGUCACAGAAUGGCCAAUCGUGGAGUGCUUAAUCGCCUUCUACUCGACAAAUUUUCCCCUUGAGAAGGCCAUCGAUUACGUGAGACGCUACAAGCCUAUAGUCCUGAACGACGUUGAACGACAGCGAGUAUUCAAAUCCAGGCUGGAAAUUUACCGGGAGCUGCAGUUAUGCCACAUCCCGCAUCCCAACUACGUGGUGGUGGACCACGAGGCCGUCAGGAUGGGCAAGGCCACCUUCGAGGAAAACGAGGACUACAUAGUCUACAACAACGUCAAGCUGAAGAAGCCUUUCAUAGAGAAGCCUGUGGAUGCCGAUAACCACAACAACUGGAUUUACUACCCAACCAACACCGGUGGCGGCUGCAAGAAGCUAUUCCGCAAAGUGCACGACAGGAGCUCGCAGUACUGCGCCGACAUCAACACCGUGCGACGCGAUGGCACCUAUAUAUACGAGGAGUUCAUGUCCACCUUUGGCACGGACAUAAAGGUAUACACGGUGGGCUGCAUGUUCGCCCAUGCGGAGGCGCGGAAGUCGCCAACGCUCGACGGCAAGGUGAAUCGUAACACGGAUGGCAAGGAGGUGCGUUACCCAGUUAUUUUGACGGCGAAGGAGAAGAUCAUCGCGUACCGCAUCGUCGAGCAUUUCCGCCAGGUGGUCUGCGGCUUCGACAUCCUGCGGACCAUCAACGGCCCUUACGUCUGCGACAUCAACGGCUGGUCGUUCGUCAAACAUAGCCGCCACCACACUGACCUUAGCCAAAUUAUACGCAUCAUGUUCCUGCUGAAGUUGCAAAUGAAAUACAACAUAACGCUCGACAAGGUCAUACCCGCUCGCAUAAUAACCAACGAGACCGUUGAGGCGCUGAAAAAAACGUUUGUCGACAUCGACCAAACCAUCGACAGGUCGGAGUCCCAGGAGGAAUUGUGUUCCGUUGUGGUCGUUAUGCGCCAUGCGGACCGCAAACCCAAGCAGAAGGUGAAGAUCAUGACACAGCACCCCUUGAUUCUUGGGUAUUUCGAUGGGGUUACGGACAAGCAGAUAAACCUGAAGGCGCCGGAGGAUAUGAGGCGCUUUACGGCAAUAAACAAGAUCAUAUUGGAGGAACUGGAAGGAGAGAUGCUUAUGUGCAAUUCGCCAACGUAUUCCGACGAUUCCAGUGACACAGAGAAUCCCCAAACAAGGACACUGAGCGAGCGGUUAACGUUGCACAAGGAAAUGGGAAACAUGUUAAACACUUCCGAAGGAUUCGCUGGCAUUAAUAGGAAAAUACAGCUGAAGGCGAAGUUCGAUGACGAAGGCAAGGUGCAACAGGUCCUAGUAGUGGCGAAAUGGGGCGGUGAACUGACUUCAGUUGGUCAAUGCCAAGCCGAAGACCUUGGGCGGCGGUUUAGGCAGUCGCUGUAUCCAACGGACUGCACUGGACUCGUCAGGUUGCACAGCACCUACCGCCAUGAUUUCAAGAUCUUUACGUCGAAUGAGGGUAGGUGCCAGCUCACGAGCGCGGCGUUCACGAAGGGUAUCCUGGACCUUGAGGGCGAGCUGACACCCAUCUUGGUGGCCAUGACGAUCCGUGACAAGCGGGCGCAGAUGCUUCUCGACGACAACAUCGAGGUGCGAGAGCGAAACCAGUGCAAGAACCGCCUCAGCAGCCUCAUGGAGAACUGGGGAAACAAACAUGAGGUGGAUAAGCUGCUGAGGAACAUGGAUGCAGACGAGGCGAAGUACUAUCGGAAGGCUCUGGAGAAAAUGAACUUUCAAAACGAGGACAUGAACCGGCUCAACAAGCUGCUGAACGACUUCAUGAACUCCCUCGACCACGAGAUAACCAAGUGGAUGUACCUCUACUCCGUCGAUGAGUAUGCCACCAGUGUGUUGGAGAUUCUGCAGGACAUGGCGACACGUUGGAAGAAUCUGACAGCCAAGCUAUAUAAGGGGCCUGACUGUAAGUUCCAGUACACCAUGGUCGCGGACAUUGUUGACAACCUGCGAUACGACCUUAUACACCACCACACGUAUCUCGGCAGUGGACUUGACACGGCGUUCGACAUAUACAACCUGGUUGGGCCACUGUCGGCGAUACUGUCGCCAUGCGAGUAUGGCGUCACGCCAAGGGAGCGUUUAACUAUAGGAAUGAAGGUCGCGGGGAGGUUGCUGCAGAAGAUCGUCCACGAUGUUACGCUUCACAAGAACUCCCGUGACGUGACCAACAAUGCCGUUUACCAGCAGCGCAACCGUGACCAGCUUUACGCGAAGCUGGUCGAGCAAAACGCCAUCUGCCACGAACGGCGCAACUCCAUCCAUGAAGGUUUCGACGAGUAUUACGGCAACAAAUUGCCGCAUGAGAGGACGUCUUCUGAACCUAGCGACUUCGUUCCGAAGUCAGAAAAAUUGGACAUACAGAACAUGGUACAUACUAAUACAGGCGAUCCACUGAAGAAAAUCUCGCUCAUCGCAUCCACUUCCGCAAGCGCCGCCUCCGUGGCUGCCAGCAGCAUUGCAUUAGGUUCAGAUGGCAUCAAUUGCAUUCCUGACCACUCCAGAAUGACAUUCAUCGGCGGUAUUAAACCGAACGAAAUGAAGUAUUCCUGUCGUACCAACAUGGAGGAAAUAUGGGAUCUCCUAACGAGUGGCGCGAGACUCCCAGAACCCGUGGAGAUUAAUUCCGGUGGCACGUUGACGCUCAGCCGGACAAAAAGCCGGGAGCAUUACAGCGACGAUAUGGAUAACACGUCCAGUUCAGACGACAGCGACAUCGUAAGACAGGAGGUGAGCGAGGCAAGGAAAAUGAGUUCGGACCGCUCUCAUCGCAUGGUACGAUCGAGAUACUACGUCACUUCGGCUUCUAUCCUGUUCUCAUUGCUGAACUUUCUAAAGUAUGCGCACUAUCUCGACGACGACGCCGACAAUUCGGAACCGCUGGUGCACUAUAACACAAGGGAUCUGCACUACCUUUCUCACGUGGUACUGCGAGUGUGGUGGAGCUGCAAAGAAAACGGGGUACCAAAAUACCGCGUCGAGAUUCUCGUCAGCCCCGGAGCCAGAGAUGGGUUCGGGCAAAACUACGACAUAUUGGCCAGCAAUGCGCGCUCCCAGAAGCACAAAUACAGGAGGCAUAUUUCAAGGUUCAACCUCGACUACGUGCGCGGCCAGGUGCUGUGUAAGCACUGCGGAGAUGUCAUCGACCCUGCGUUCGUAAGGGCGCAAUUCAUGGAUAACAUACGGGUCAAAUCCUACCAAUCUGGGAUGCGUCGGUCCGCAUCCACGGCAAACCUGCAAUACAUGACAAAGAAUGUCAAAGGUGCGGAGCUCGAGUUCGACCCGAAGGGAGCAGCGACAGACAAUGCUGCAUCUCGCGAAAGCGCGCGCAAAGGCUCGUGGUGGUAUCGCUGCCAGCGAUGCGCAGCAUCCAAUGUGUCCGCCAUCAUACGUGCGGCGUCAAACGUGAGGAGCACCCGUAGCUCGACCGCGUCGGAGCGUAGCGAUUCUCCUGUGAAGAGCAGAAGCACCUCCUCGUCUCGGGAUGCGUCAUUCUCUCCAACAUUCGGUUUUACGGAUGAGCAGCUCAAGCAACAUCGCUCUGACAACGGAGCCGCCGUACCUCCAUACUGCGAACUCAGCAGGCUGGCGAUAAUAAACUACAAUUGCGAUAUAAACCGUCUCGAGCAGUUGGUAAACAAGGUUAGUUUAUUUUGCAGUCUGUGUAUGUGGUGCUUCCUAUGGAUGUUUGAAUUAAAUGUUGUCCAUAAAUCAUAUAUUUUAUAG